GAAGAAGAAGAGGCAGCAGCAGCUACCGUCUGUGCGCACGUGUGGUCACAAACGACUUACUUCGUAAUUUUUAAUUCUUCUUUAUGUUUACACGUUAUAAUGCAGAUAUGUAACGUUUGCAGCGACCAAACACCAAAGUACAGAUGUCCUGCCUGCAAAAUAAGAUAUUGUUCACUAGGAUGCUACAAGAGGCAUAAAGCAGACACUUGCCUCCCCAUCGAGCAGCGAGAACCUGCUGUUCCUGAAACAAAACCUUUCACCGCCGAGCCGUGGAGCGUGGAGGAUCUUUUCGAUGAAGAUGAUUUUGUUGACAAAGUGCCGCUGCAGAAGCUCCAGCUGUUGGGGCGGUCGGAAAAGCUGAGAGAACUUCUUGGUAACCACCACCUCAGGUCCUUACUGAGGUCCGUUGAUGGUGUAGACAGCAAGGACGAGGCCAUGAGGGCUGCCAUGCAGGAGCCGCUGUUUGUCGAGUUUUCUGAUCAGUGUUUGAAAGUUGUAGAAAAUGAACAAACAUCAGUAACCUUAAAUGAAGACUGAUGGUAUGAUGUUGUGCAUGUUUAGUUUUUUUCUGUGAAUAAUUUUUGGUAAAAUAUUUAGCGGUGGACAGUCAGACACACAGUUUCUGUCCUGCAGCCACUCCUGUUGUUCUGCUGUCUGUAGUUAAUCAUAAUCAACAAACCAUCUACUUAAGAUGAGGGUUAAAGGAGAGAACACAAGUGUUGGAAGUAAAACUGAGCAUUAAACUUUAUUUUUAGAAAAUUUA